AUGCCUGAGAAUACAUAUGAUCCCACCAUUGAGGACUCUUACAGAAAACAAGUCGUAAUCGAUGAUCAGUCCUGCGUCCUUGAAGUCCUCGAUACAGCCGGUCAGGAGGAGUACACGGCGCUACGUGACCAAUGGAUUCGCGACGGAGAGGGGUUCUUGCUGGUGUAUUCUAUUGCAGCGCGUUCAACGUUCGAGAGGAUAAAGCGAUUCCGGGAUCAGAUCACACGUGUCAAGGACUCGGAGAACGUACCGCUGAUGUUAGUCGGCAACAAGUGUGACAAGUUGACGGAUCGUGAGGUUUCGAGAGAUGAAGGCGCAUUGAUGGCCAAGCAGCUGCGCUGCGAGUUCACAGAAACAUCAGCCAAGACCUGCGUCAAUGUCGAGCGUUCGUUUUACAAUGUCGUCCGCAUGAUUCGUCAAGCCCGCGAUGGUGGCGCACCCGCCAAGGCCGCCAAGAAGAAGUCAAAAUGCAGCAUUCUAUAA